AUGGACCAGCAGCUCGGCUCUUCCACGUCCGCCGACCAGCACGCCAGCGCCCGCACGCGCGCCCUCGUGCAGCAGCUCCCUGUCGACGUGGUCGCCCUCAUCGCCUACUUUGCCACCUCCGACGACGGCCUGUACACGCACGAGUCCGCCGACGACCUGCGCCGCGACGCGACAAGCUUCGCACGAGUGUGCAGGGCCUGGCGCGCGGCGGGCACGGCGGCUGUGUGGCGCGAGAUCCACCUCAAGCCGGACCCGGCACCAACCGCCAUGCAGCGGCACGUCGAGGCGCACCGCCACCUGUUCGUCCACGUCAAGUCGGCCGUCAUCGUCGGCGACACCCGUCAAGGCUACGGCUGGGGUCCCGGCCCCGACAGCAUGGCGACGACGAGCUGUGCGGUCCUCGCGGCAUGCCCCAACCUCGUCCGCCUCGAGGUGCACGGCAAGUACGAGCCGCCCGGCCCGUUCCUCCGAGCUCUCGAGGCGUCAAUAGACCUCGCCAAGCUCGAGAACGUCUUCCUGUACUUCCCGAUCCACGACCGCCCCACCCAGGCCCGCGCCUUUGGCGUGCCCGUCGUGUCGCCCAUCGUCGUCUUUCGCUUCCUGCGGGCCUGCAAGCGCCUCCAGUACUUCUUCUACUACGGUUGGGCCGAGGCCGUUUCAGAUCCUGUGUCCAUGCCGCUCGACCGGCGCAUCAAGGUGCAGACGCUUCGCCUCAACAUCUCGAGUGCGGCGACGAGCCCGCACGAUCUCGAGGCGCAUCAUCACCGCAUGCGCUUCCUCAUGCAGUUCGACCUCGCGCGUCUCGUCAAGUUCCGGGCACAUGUUCACCUCGGGCGCGACGAGUGGUGGGUCGCCCUGCGUCGCAUGGUUAACCUCGAGCACCUCGCGCUCGUCGAGGAAUUCGGGUUCGAACACGGCGGCAUCGACGAGCUCGCCACGUAUCUCGUCGACUGCAUGCACCUGAGCCGCUUCGAGCUCUACAGCACGCGCGAGUCCCAGGUCCUCCCCGACGCGCCGAGUACGGCGACGCACGCUCAGCUGCAGCACCUCCUCGACUCGAUCCCGCAUUCGGUCACCUACCUCAUCCUCCAGCUCCCCUUCCCCGUCCCGAUGGUCGAGUCGUUCGCCGACGUCCGGCUCGAGGGCGCCUUGCGCGUCAUGAGCGUCGCCCACUUUGACCCGAUCGAGCUCUCGCCGACGGUGUCGAGCAGCCUGUACCAGCACCCGGACGAGGACCGGUUCGACGUCGACUUGGACGACUUUCCCUUCUACUUCUGA